AUGGAGCUGCGGCGCGGCGGCAUGGGCAGCCAGGCUGUGGGGGGGCGCAGGAUGGAUGGGGACGGCCGCGAUGGCGGCGGCGGCGGCGGCGGCGGCAGCAAGGACGCCGGGGCGGAGGACUACGAGAACCUGCCGACCAGCGCCUCCUUGUCCACCCACAUGACAGCCGGAGCGAUGGCCGGGAUCAUGGAGCACAUGGUCAUGUACCCGGUGGACUCCGUGAAGACACGGAUGCAGAGUUUGAAUCCAGAUCCCAAAGCCCAGUACACAAGCAUCUACGGAGCCCUCAAGAAAAUCGUCCGGACCGAAGGCUUCUGGAGGCCCUUGCGGGGGAUCAACGUGAUGGUCAUGGGCGCGGGGCCGGCCCACGCCAUGUACUUUGCCUGCUAUGAGAAAAUGAAAAGGACUUUAAAUGCCGUUUUCCACCACCACGGAAACAGCCACAUAGCCAAUGGCAUAGCUGGGAGUAUGGCCACCCUGCUCCAUGAUGCAGUAAUGAACCCAGCAGAAGUUGUGAAACAGCGCAUGCAGAUGUACAACUCGCCACACCCAUCGGCCCUCGGCUGCAUCCGUUCGGUCUGGAGGACCGAGGGCCCGCGGGCCUUCUACCGGAGCUACACCACGCAGCUGACCAUGAACGUUCCCUUCCAGUCCAUCCACUUCAUCACCUACGAGUUCCUGCAGGAGCAGCUCAACCCCCACCGGGGCUACAACCCACAGUCCCACAUCGUCUCCGGCGGGCUGGCCGGGGCCCUGGCCGCGGCCGCCACCACCCCCUUGGACGUCUGCAAGACCCUCCUCAACACUCAGGAGAACAUGGCCCUCAACCUGGCCAACGUCAGCGGCCGGCUCACGGGCAUGGCCAACGCCUUCCGGACGGUGUACCGGCUCAACGGCCUGCCCGGCUACUUCAAGGGCAUCCAGGCCCGCGUCAUCUACCAGAUGCCCUCCACUGCCAUCUCCUGGUCGGUCUACGAGUUUUUCAAGUACUUCCUCACCAAGCACAAGCUGGAGAGUCGGGCUCCCUACUAA